CAGUGACAGCGAUGGCCCCAGGCAGGGGCCCUGGGAGCCAGCUCUCUGGGCACCCGAAGCCAGGGCUUCUCCCCCUCUCUGAUCGCCUCGGCAGGAGACUAGGGCUGCUCAGGUUUUCAGCCCGCAACUUCGAGCUCGGACUGGCUCCCCGCACGCACGCACGCUCCUUUCCUCUGACCCAAUCGUAAAAAGAGCCCACGUGGUGUCUAUUUAAGGCAGCGGAGUGGUCUGGGGAGAGGAGCCUCUGGGCGCCAAUUCCAGGGCUGAUGAGAUUCCUGGGCCGUGGAGCUGCACCUGCUGUGAAUGAGUGAGCAGGCCGGACAGGGCAAGGACAAGGGCUCCCCAGGCACCAAGGCCAGGGGCCUCCUCCGUGCCCCGGAGGUGAAGGGUGACAUAAAUCAGAGCUUCCACACUGGAUCGUGGAUCGUGCUGCCGCCGCUGUCUAGGGCUCCUGCGUGGCCUUGAGAGGAAGUGCACAGAAAGAAGAGGGGAGAAAAAUACUCUCAUCGGGCUAGGAAGACACAAUGAUCCGCUGUUAGAAAUGAAACUGUUAACUGGGGGUGCAGCACAGGCAGGCCCUAGGUUCAAAUCCCCAGCACCAGCAAAAAACGAGGGCAGUCAGUGAGCCACACCGGCCCUGCCAUCCUGGUCUCCCUGGCCAACAUGACCGUCCCCUUCAGCUGCAGAAUUACCUACCCUUACACCCCAGAAUUCAAGGAUUUCACCGUCAGCUACUUCCACGUGGAUCUCCAGGGCCAGAAGAGCCCGGAAAAGCAAAAGGCCUGCCACCCGGGCCAGGGCACAGAGAACAAGACCUAUACCUUGAAAUGCCUGAUCAAUCCCAGGCUACCGGAUGCGUCAGCCACUGGCACCUACUACUGCUGUGUUCAUUGGCAAAGCAUCAUAGUGAAGGACGGAGGCACCUUCAUCCUGGUCAGAGACACAGGAUACCAACACCCACCGCCGAGCUCCCGGAAGCCCCUGCUCUGUGGCUUCACUGGCCUCCUGGCUGUCCUGAGUGUGCUGGGCACAGCUCUGCUGCUCUGGAAGAAGAAACAAAAGCUAGUUCCAAGGAAGCAUCCCACCCAGUCGUGCCCAGACCCAAGAUGUGCCAGCCAACCCUCGCAGCCCACUGCAGAAUCUGUCUACACGGCCCUGCAGCGCCGGGAGACCGAAGUCUACGCCUACAUCGAGAGCGAGGCAGACAGCCCGCUCCCCGCCCAGAGUCCUCCCUCCCAGGAGAAAAGGCAGCAGUUUGAGGAUGACAGCGAGGUUAACCUGGUCUACGAAAAUCUCUAGGAUGAGUUCUCCUAGCCAUCAAGCCUUGACCUGCACCAGAGGCCCGGAGCAGCCCCUCUUGCCAAAGGACUCAAUCUGAACCAGGAGCCAGGUCCCCAGGGCCGCUGCACCCCUCACUCUUACAUGCAGGUCCCCUCUGCCUUGGGCGGCCCCACUCCUCCACUCUGCACCCCAGCCCAAGUGCCAGACUGCAUCCUGGUCCAUGGGCACUGCGAGCCCCAGGAGGACAUGGCAAGGAUCUUGUCAGUGCUGGGACUGAGCCCUGAGGAUGGAUCAGUGACUGUGUGGACCCCCAUCUGGCCCAAAGGCUAGGUGGCCAUGCCCAGUGAAAAGCGCGUGUGGGGGGCUAUCGGAAGGGUGGGGGAUGGACGGGAAUGACAAGCCACACCCAGGCUGGACUGGGCUGGGGAUGGUAUGGAGGCCCAGGAUGUAGCAAGUGAGACUGGCCCCGGGGUCCUGGGGUAGGGCGGUUGGUGUCUGUUGGUGAGAAGGGAUCUUCUGGCGUGUUUGGGGUGGGGCAGAGGGUGCAGGGCAGCUGCUGCUACCCAGGAGCUGAGUGAAUGACCUGAGGCUCUCCCCUUCCCUAACGAUGAGCCCCAGGUUGUCACUGUCCCUGGGCCUGGCCUUCUGCACUCACGGUGCCACCCGCCUGUCACUCUGCUCCUCAGGCCUCCCCACCACAGGGCCCAGUCCCCCUAAAUCAGUCCCCUCUGCCUGGCCAGUCCUGGCCCAGCACCUGCGCUGCUUCCGGUCCCCCUCCUGCUCAGACUUCACCUGCCUCAGCCCCCGACUCUGGAGUGGAGGUCAGGAGGGAGCCGGUGGCCACCAGAGCUGCCUUGAGGCCCUCCUCUCUCCCCGGGAGGUGCAGAGGUGUGGCUUGGUUGACACCUGAGAGGGGUGUCUGUGUUGCAGAAGCUUAGGCUGGGGUGGUCAGGGGGCUCCCCAGUGCCUGACCCCGAGCCUUCUGCUUUUCUAAGUGUCAAGUGACACCUCGAGGUGCAUCCCACAGGGCUCAGCAUCCCAGGCUAUCAGGCUCCCUCCCUUUCUCCUCACCCUGCCUUGGCGUUCCCACUGUUUGUCCAUCCGGAACCAGACAGCUCAGUCCUCCCUCCCCACCUCUUGAGCUGCUCCAGGGGUUCCUGGGGUACCUUCAUAUCAAACCCCAAAUGUGCUCAGGGAGAGGGGGAACCGAAGCCACAGGCCUGAGCUCCCAGGCAGCAAUGGACCACCAGCCCUCAGGCGGCAUUAUUUUAUUUUUUAGAUUUUUGGAACAGGGUCUCACUAUGUAGUUCAAGCUGGCCUUGAAAGCACCAUGUAGCCCAUGUAGCCAUGUAGCCCAUGUAGCCCAUGGCUAUCCUCCUGCCUCAGCCUCCUGAGAGCUGGGAUCACAGGCAUGCGCCACCACACCCAGCUUGGGCAGCACCUUCUGCAGGGACAGGAAGGCAGUUUGGGGUGGGCAUGGGCACAGACUGAAUGCUGGAGGUUGCUGGAGCAGUCUACUAGGCUGGCACCAGGCCUUUCAGGACAGCCACGGGCUCCCAGCUCGGUCCGAAGCCCUGGCCUGUGAGCGUGCAGCAGAAUGGACUCCUGCAGGCUGGGUUUAAUCAACACCAGGCCUGCCUGGAGGACAUGGAAUGCUGCAUGCAGAGCGGCCUUCCAAACUCCCAACUGCGGCAGCCAGAGACGGGGGCCAGGGUUGGUGAACACCAAAGCCAAUGGACUAAGGGAGCCCCCUCCCAUAACAACUUCCUCCACUUCCUGGGCCUCUCUGUCCUCAGCCCUUGGACUUUCUGGCCAGGACUAGGGCUUUUCCAGCCCUUGCCAGGGAAGUGAGGGGAAUUGGAUAGAGACUUUCUUGCCUGCCCUGGUCCAGGUUCCCCCACAAUGGCCCCCAGCAGCUGCCCUGUCUCCACAAUCUCUUCCUCACAAAGCAUCCAGAGAGGAUCUGGUCAAACCUCCCUGGAGACUCCCCUCUCUCCUCUGCUCUUCUGGGGUUCCUGCUUCAUUCGGAAGAAAAUCCCAGCUUCUCCUGGUGGCCAGUGAGGCUCUCGGGGACUGAUCAUCACCCUCUGCUGGAUGCAGACAGUGGCAGCUGGGUGGCUGAGCCUGCUCCAGGGCAAGGCUGGGAGUGUGUGGAUGCUGAGGGCUGCGGUGAAGGGUAGGGAGCAAUGUGCUGGGGGCCACGGGGUGGCAAAGAAGACUGAGUACUCGGUCCCCAGCCCCCAGCACCGAAAGCCUACAGAGAUGGGGGGGCUGCCAGUGGCAUUGAGGGAGGAGGAGGGGACAGAGAGGGCUGGGAACUGAGCUCCUUGGGAGCAAGGUGAUCACUGGGCUCCUCUUGGAUCCCAGCUCCACUUCGCAGCAGCCACGUGGGCUUGAGCAAGUCACUGCCACCUGCACUUGGCUUGCCGUGACAGUCAGGACUGCUCCGGAGGACAGAUGGGGGACUCCCUGGCACAGGCAGGGGUGUGUGCCUUCCCCAAGAGCCAUCCUUCAGAGAAGUGGGCUGCAGGGGCAGAGGGGAGAGACUCUGCUAAAUGGGGGGACAGGGAACCUCAUGAGAGGAGGCCCAGGAGGUGCAGCCUGCUCAAGGGACAGGGCAGAGGGGGAGGGGUGCUGGACCCAGGAGCGGCCCUGGAAGGAGAGAAGCUAAAAGAGCUGGGAGGGUUCUUGAGGGGAUCUGGCUGGGGCUGAUGGAGCUUUGGACCUUCAAGGAAGGAUGGAUGUGACCAUCCUGAGGGGGGACUUGGGCUUAGGACGCAGAGGAAGUCCCUGCAGGACCUUGUCCUAGGGGCCCACACACAAGCGGAGCUGGGCACCUCAGGGUCUUGGUGCUGCUUCUCUGGCCUCUGCCUGGUGGGGUUUCCUGGUGUCUCUCCCGGCCCCACCGGCUGUCCCUUCCUGAAGUCGUGUUCUGCCACGGCCUUGUCACCCACCUCAGGGCCUCUGAAAUAUUCUGAUGACUUCUGCCAUUCUCAGCCCCCUGCUUGGCCUCUCCCAGGAGUGGCAAAUGGUAGACAUAGAUGGGCCCUCUCCACCUAGUCUCAACCUCCAACCCUCCCUUCCCUUCAAGCUCUGAACCUAGCCCCUCUUCAGCAGAAUUUCCAGAUGAUUCUGUGCAGCUGAGUUUCCAUGGGAACAUGUGCCUGUCACUUCCAAUUCUCGGUGGGGCUGGGGUUCCCUUCGCCGCCAAUAUGGUGGGACUUUAGUGGGUGACCUCAGCCAGGGCCAGCCACCACUCUUUGGCCACCAGCCCUCAACUAACCUGAAAUCAAGUUACAAGCAAAACCUGCCCCCCCCCCAUCUAAUUUAAAGGCCUCGCUGUACUCUAAGGACACCUCUGGGAUUUCAGGGAUGGAUUUUUAUGUAGUUCAAUAGUUUUCUUGGCAGAUAGCUCCUCCAGGAGAGCUGGGUAUUGCUUCAGCGCAGCCAGCUGAGCGGUGUCUCUCUGUCCCUACUGAACACCUGAGGGGCAUUGCCAGCCCUGAAUCCAGAUUCCAGCCUUCAAGGCUCUGAAACACUUUUCUUCCUCCCUUCUCCCUUGACCUAUGGUCACAACUAUAGCCUCAGAGGCUUGGCUGAGGUCAGGCAUGGGUCAGGCUAUGCCCUCUGUGUUAACAUGUGUUUUGUGUAUAUAUCUAAGCAGGGGACACAGGCACGCACUAUGGCAAUAGGACAUUUAAACUACAGCAAGGUGAAAGUCCCUCAGAUGCACCUGCCACCUCCUGGCCUCCAUCCCAGUCCCCUCCCCACUGGGUCACUUGGAGAUGUUUUCCUCCUCGUUUUUAUUGCAUCUGUGUAUGUAUAUGUGAACAUACUAAAUACAGGGUGUGUGUGGGA